UCCUAUAUCCUUUCCUAUUGUGGGGGUAUGCUUGAAUUCAUUAGUUUUGCUUAUUACCUUGCAAAAAACAUUCUGAGUUUUCGUAUAGAAAGAUAAAGAUCAUCGAUAGAUCAGAAUUUUGUAAAAGCAUGAAUACAUAUUUAAAGAAAAUUAUGUUCCAAUAUAUUCACAGCAAUAAUAAUAAAAUAAAUUGCUACAUUCCUGAUUACAACUCUACACCCUAUUGGCUGUCGAUUGCUGCAUGCGAGUUAUCCUGUGUCUAUGUACAUGGCACGCAUACAUUGUUACAAGCCUAUAAGCGCAUGUCCGACAGCGGCGAUCACCGAACAAAACCGAACAUUGCCGAUGCAAAAUAGCCGACAAUUGACUGAGCGUCGAGGGGUCGGACAGAAAAGAGACAAGCCAUUCCUUCGGGUGUACAGCUUCCCCUUACACAAUUUCAUUCUGAAAUUAAUGCGUUAAUUUUCGAAUACCAAUGAAAAAUGAGAAAUAAUUUUAAGGAUCCUUGUUAUUUCAUAAUUCUAUUUGUUAAGCUUUAGCUCAUUGCCUUCAACUAUUCCAAAGUUCUCCACCUAAUGAAUAUAAUUAUAUAUGACAAAAAGAAAAACUUCCUACUUUUGUUUAGGAACAAUACAAAGUAAAAUUGUAUUGUUUUUUCAUUGUACCUCAAUUGUUUGGGAUCUUAAAAGACGUCACUGUUGUUAAUGUUCAUGCGUUUCAAUCAAAGUGCUAUACUGCGUUAUGUCGAGCGGGUUUCAUCGCACAGGAGCCAGUGGUAGAACUUCGAAAUUUAAAAUAAAUGAUUCCACCUACUAUCUCUUUUUAACAAACAUUCCAAAAGCGUCAGAACUAUGCAUAAAGGCACAAAAUUUCGUUAAGUACCGAUGGACGGCCCAGGCACGCUUACGUGGGAGGAAUUUGUUGAAAAUGCCGAAAGUUUUACACAGAUGUCGAGUCAGUUCUCUGAUGGAUGGGAACUGCGAGGUAACAAGAACAUUCCUGGGGAAGCAUAUAUAGUUCGACAGAGAAAGCAAUUUAUCUCAAGUAUUAGCGAGUUGAACGAUCAUUCAGCAUCGAAAAAUAACGAGUUUACCGAUGAUUUGAACUUCAUUUUAAAACAAGAUCCAUUUGAAGCCAGUUCGUCAAUCGAUAUACCAUUGGUUACCGAACAUCAUGUACUGUGGUCGAUGAGUUACGGUGUUCCAGUACUAUAUUUUAAUGGCUGGAAAUCAGAUUUUCCUGGGAUUAAUCCAAUAUCUAUGGAAGAAGCACAAUCACUUAUUCCCAAUGCAGAAUUGAAGUAUACAGAAUUGUCUCAAGUAAUACAUCCGAUAUUAAAUACUCCAUUUUUAUAUCUGCAUCCUUGUAUGUCUCAGGAACUUUUACAAAUUACAAGUACAAGCAAAAAUAAAUUAGUCAGUUGGUUAAGUACUGUUGCUCCUGUUGCCCUUGGUCUUAAAUUGCGAUCUGAGUAUUGCAAAUUAACCUAAUAAAAUGUGACUUUUAAUGUAAGGUAUUAUGAAUGUAUAACUGUACUGUAAGAUUAAAUAUUGUAAAUAUAAUUAUAAAAUGAUAUAACCUUUUAAAA